AUGUUCAGACGAAUCAAACCGAUCGAACAUCGAGAGGAAGUAGACUUCCCGGUCGACUUGAAAAAGCUCGGAUAUUUUAUCAACUCUGAAGAUCAAAUUCGUCAGAUUGAAAUGCCGUCGGAAGGGUUUGAUUAUCAUGUUCAUAGGGUUGAACGUGUUAAUGAGAAGAGGAGGGAGGCUAUUGAUGAAUGCGUCCGUCGUGUUUUAGACACUCGUUUCGUCGAGGAGGGUCUUACGAAGCAUUUUCUUCCUCCGGGGAGUACCCCAGGAACUGAUCCUUGUGUUCCGAUUCUUAUCAGUAAUGAUAUAGAUGAUGUUGAGAAGGUUUUGGUUAUUAUCGGGAAUACUCAUGAUGAUUUGGGAGUUUGGAGUGUUAGAGAGAUGGAGGGGCCUAGUAUUAACCACGGUUCAAUGAUCUCUACCAUCCGUAGUGCUAAGAAGGAGAAGUUUGGAUUAUUAAUCCUGAAUUGUGGACAAAAUGUCUAUUCUCCUGAGAUGGGUCGGGCGGUUACUUAUCGUUCCUGGAAAGCUGCUACGAAGCCGUCUCCGCAUAUCGAUGAAGUGAAAAAUCGAGUUCCGGGGCAUGAAAAUGUACAAAAGCAUGUUGAAAGUGUUUUGGAAGAGCUUAAGGGGAGGUUAAUCGGGAAUGAUGGACAGAAGAAGAAAAAGAAGAAGAUUUAUUUCUUGACUUAUGGGUGGGGAUGUUGGGGGUUGGUUAAGUAUUUGGAUGUGAACUUCGCAGAAUGGAAAUCCAGCAUCGAAGCUCUUAUUGCAGCUGAAUCAACCCAUACAGCAGCGGAUGUUACUUCUCCCGACCUUCGUCACUUCUUAACAACCCGUGCUCGCGCCUACAUUGUUCACUCCGAUCCACCUGGAACAUUCAUCCCCGACAAGCGCUUUAUCUGCCAAACUUUCUCUACAGCACAGAUCUACUCUGAAACAAUCAUCCCGAAUUCCUGGCACGAUGUAAUGCUCCCAUGGUUCAAACGUGUCGAAGAAGAUCCAGAAGGGUGUAACCCCGUCAUGCUAGUUGACUGGGAGAGCGUAGAACGGCUGAAGGAGGGAUGGGGUGGGUAUACUGGAUCUACUAAACCUAAGGAUGGUGAUGAUCCCAAUAAAUGGGCGUUCGACGAUGAUGAAAGCGAAGAAGAUCACGAUCGUGAAGCGAAAUUGGAAGAAGGAGGGAAGGCAUUUGGAGAGGAAGGACUGGAGGAUAUGGUUGACUUGAGAGAUGCAGAACAAGCUGCUAAGGCUAAUAAAGCUUUACAGGAGAACGAAAGACCUGGAACUAUGAUGGAUAAUGGGUUGAAGGAGAUGGGAGUUGGUAAGGCUGCUCCGUCUGCCUGA